GGUACUCCUUAAAUUCAUGAGAUGGCCAACACCGUGCAGAUCUCCAAAGAUGAGCUGGAGGAACUCAAGGAGGCCUUUGCCAAAGUUGACCUCAACAGCAACGGGUUCAUCUGUGACUAUGAGUUGCAUGAGCUCUUCAAGGAAGCCAACCUGCCUCUCCCUGGUUACAAAGUGAGAGAGAUCAUCCAGAAGCUCAUGAUCGACGGUGACAAGAAUAAAGAUGGGAAGAUUAGUUUUGAAGAGUUUGUAUACAUUUUCCAAGAGGUGAAAAGCAGCGACAUCGCCAAAACGUUCCGAAAAGCAAUUAACAGGAAGGAAGGAAUCUGUGCGAUCGGGGGGACCUCGGAGCUCUCCAGCGAAGGGACACAGCACUCCUACUCAGAGGAAGAAAAAUAUGCCUUUGUAAACUGGAUAAACAAAGCCCUGGAAAAUGAUCCCGACUGUAGGCACGUUAUUCCAAUGAACCCAAAUACAGAUGACCUGUUCAAAGCUGUGGGAGAUGGGAUUGUGCUAUGCAAAAUGAUCAAUCUUUCUGUCCCAGACACGAUUGAUGAAAGAGCAAUUAACAAGAAGAAACUCACACCGUUCAUAAUUCAGGAGAACCUGAACCUGGCAUUGAAUUCUGCAUCCGCCAUUGGGUGUCAUGUUGUCAACAUUGGUGCAGAGGACUUGAGGGAAGGGAAACCCCACCUGGUCCUUGGGCUUCUCUGGCAGAUCAUUAAGAUUGGCUUGUUUGCUGACAUCGAGCUCAGCAGAAAUGAAGCACUGGCUGCCUUACUUCGUGAUGGUGAAACUCUGGAGGACCUUAUGAAACUAUCCCCAGAAGAGCUGCUCCUAAGAUGGGCCAACUUCCACUUGGAAAAUGCAGGCUGGCACAAAAUCAAUAACUUCAGCUCAGAUAUCAAGCUUACAGAUUUUGGUAAUUCAGUAAAGGAUUCCAGAGCUUAUUUCCACCUCCUCAAUCAAAUUGCACCCAAAGGGCAGAAAGAAGGAGAGCCUCAGAUUGAUAUUAACAUGUCAGGUUUCAAUGAGAAGGAUGACUUGCGGAGAGCGGAGUACAUGCUUCAGCAGGCAGAUCGACUUGGCUGCCGGCAGUUUGUCACACCAGCUGAUGUGGUCAGCGGUAAUCCCAAACUGAACUUGGCCUUCGUUGCCAACCUAUUCAACAAGUACCCAGCACUUACCAAGCCUGAAAACCAGGACAUUGACUGGACCCUACUGGAAGGAGAGACGCGUGAGGAACGGACCUUCCGCAACUGGAUGAACUCCCUUGGUGUGAACCCCCACGUAAAUCACCUCUACGGCGAUCUCCAGGAUGCACUGGUAAUACUACAGUUAUAUGAAAAGAUCAAAGUUCCUGUUGACUGGAAUAAGGUUAACAAGCCUCCGUACCCGAAGCUUGGAGCAAAUAUGAAAAAGCUAGAAAACUGUAACUAUGCUGUAGACUUGGGAAAGCAUCCAGCUAAAUUCUCCCUGGUUGGCAUUGGAGGACAGGAUCUGAAUGAUGGGAACCCAACGCUGACCCUGGCCUUAGUCUGGCAGUUGAUGAGAAGGUACACGCUGAAUGUUCUCGAGGACCUGGGUGAUGGUCAGAAAGCUAACGAUGACAUUAUAGUCAGCUGGGUAAACCAGACCCUGAAAGAAGCUGGCAAGUCCACCUCCAUCCAGAACUUCAAGGACAAGACUAUCAGCACAAGCUUGGCAGUUGUGGAUUUAAUUGAUGCUAUACAGCCUGGUUGUAUCAACUAUGACCUUGUAAAGACUGGUCAUCUGUCGGAAGAUGACAAACAAAAUAAUGCUAAGUAA